AUGCUCAGGUUUACAUCUGAUUCUGCCAUGGAACAAAAUGACGCUCUUUCUCAGGGCAAUGUUCUUAACUGGGACAUUAAUGACAUGAAGCUUCCAAAGUUACUAAUUGAGUUCAGGUUGGUAAAAUCUGAAUUAGAGCAUAAUCUCCUGAUUGGAAUGGGUCAUGUUGAAAGAUACAGUCACUAUAUCUUCCAGCAGUGGAUAAUAGGAGCGUUGGUGACUGUAACAGGGCACAGACAUUCCUCGUUCCUGGACUGCAAGCAUGUCCUGAACAUAAAAGUACUGGACCUGCUCCAUGUGGUGUUACAUGAUGACAAGGAAUACAUACAUACGGAUUUGGAAAAAACAGAAUGGUUCCAGGAGUGGCCGGACUCAUCUGUGAAGUACAUCUAUCGUUCUGUAGAUAAAAAUGCACAGAGACACCUAAGUGGCUGGGCAAUGCGCAAUACCAACAAUCACAACUCUCGUAUCUUGAAGAAGUCCUGUCUUGGUGUCCUUGUCUGCAGCAAUGACUGUACAACCUCAGAUGGCGGGAAAAUAUACCUAAGGCCUGCCAUAUGUGACAAAGCACGUCAAAAGCAGCAAAGUAAACAAUGUCCAAACUGCAAGGGAUCAUUGAAAUUAGUGUCCUGUCGUGGCCAUGGUGGAUUUCCAGUUACCAACUUCUGGAGGCAUGAGGGACAAUUCAUAUAUUUUCAGACAAAAGGUAACCAUGACCAUCCUAAGCCAGAAACAAAACUAGAGUCCGACAGCAGAAAGCCAGUGUAUAAGAAGCGCACAUCUAUUGGAUCCACUUCCACCGAAUGCAAACAAAGCGGGAAUAUUGAGUCACUCACAGGUCAUAUAAAGAACCAGAACGUAUAUGGUACAGCUUUGACUCAAGAAGGUUGUCCUCCUUUUUAUAACUUUAAUGAUACGAAGAUGGAUCAGUCACCAACGGAGCAAAUGCUCAAUAACUGCUCAUCACAGACAAACAAUUUCAACUAUUUCACUGAAACAAUAAGUGAUGUGGAGUGGCUGAAAACACCCAGGAGUGGCAGUCUCAAUGAUAGUGAGGAAUACAGUGAUGGAGACUUGAUCGCUUCUGCAAUAGAUUUUGAUCUGCAUAGUGAUGAGGACCAGCAAACAGGGAACAAUACCCUUUUUGGAAAAGACCCACAUUUCAACUAUGACCAACCUAUUGGAAGCCUGUUCUGGGAAAUGUCACCUUUGCACAACUGCCCUCGCCCAAAUAACCAGCUAACGCCAGUUUUGGAACCUACAUCCAAAAUUGGUGUUGUCAGCUUUAAUUGUAAUGACCAUCUAUCAACUGUCGACCACAGCAGCCAAGUGGAGUCCUACCUGUACCGAUACAGUUCUCAACUAUCUCCAUCUUUAUAGGACUAGGGCAGUUAUGAGUAUCAAACAGCUUCAUUUAUAUAUAUAUAUAUAUAUGUGUAUCUCAUAAUGAGGAAAAACUGCACUGUCUCACCUUUUGCCUGAAUGGAACAAUGAGCUCAGGAUAAUUAGAAGGACUAAUCAGUUACUACUCACUCCAUACUGAUGAAUAUCUACUUUAUCUCCCUCCCCUUAAUCACUGUCUGUAGUCAAUGAAUAUAAAGCCCUAUUAAUAUGCUACAUUCAUUUGUCUACUUACUGCCUUUUUGCAACAACACAAAAUAGUAACAAACAUUUCCAGAAUUAUACAAUUUUAGGAGCUCAGGAAAAAAAAACACAAGCCCAAUUUUAGAUCAUCCUGAUAUA